AUGAGGUUCCUCCCCUCGACGUUGCUUCUUGCGGCGGCCGCCCUGGCUGCCGACAAGGGGCGCCCGAGUCUCAAGAAUGCUGUGUACAAGAACCCCAAAGCCUCGGUCGAGGACCGUGUAGCCGACCUUCUCUCCCGAAUGACCAUCGAGGAGAAGGCAUCCCAGCUUCUCCAAGGUGACAUCCGCAACUGGAUGAACGAGACGACCAAUGCGCUCAACCAGACCGGUCUGGAAUGGAGCACCAGAUACCGGGGGAGCGCCUUUUAUGUAGGCGUCCCCGUUCCCAAUGAGUGGCUCACAAAGCACAUCAAGGCCGCCCAGGAUUACAUCCAGAAGGAGACCUACCUGGGUAUCCCGGCCUUUGUUCAGACCGAGGGUCUUCACGGUUUUCUUGCUCACAAUGCCACCAUCUUCAGCUCGCCCAUAGGACUCGGCUGCUCAUGGAACCCGUCCCUGGUUGAGGAGAUGGCGGCUGCCAUUGCCAAAGAGGCGCGCGCCCUUGGCGUCAACCAGCUCUUUGCCCCGGUCGCCGACCUCGCGCGGGAACUCCGCCACGGCCGUGUCGAGGAGAUGUACAGCGAGGACGGCCUCCUCGCCGGCGAGUUCGCCCGUGCCUAUGUCAAGGGCGCGCAGUCGGCCGGUGUCAGUGCCAUGGUCAAGCACUUUGCCGCCUUUGGCGUGACGGAGCAGGGCUUGAACACGGGGCCCGUCCACGGCGGCGAACGAGAGCUGCGCACAACCUAUCUGCCGCCCUACCAGCGCGCCAUCAUCGACGGAGGGGUCUAUUCCAUCAUGACGGCCUACCACAGCUACGACGGCAUCCCCGCCGUGUCCGACCCCCACCUGCUCACCGACAUCCUCCGGGACGAAUGGGGUUACGGAUACUUCACCAUGACAGACGCCGGCGCCUCGGACCGCCUCUGCGCCGACUUCAAGAUGUGCGCCUCGGAUCCCAUCGACAAGGAAGCCAUCGUCAAGUACAUCCUCCCGGCCGGCGGCGACGUGGAGAUGGGAGGCGGGUCGUACUCGUUCGAGAAGAUCCCCGAGCUGGUGUCCAGCGGCAAGAUCGAGGAGGAGCUCGUCGAUACCGCCGUCGCCCGCGUCCUUCGGGCCAAGUUUGAGCUCGGCCUCUUCGAGAACCCCUUCCCGGGCCUCCCGUCCGAGGAGGCGAACAAGGUGAUCCACGCGCCCGAGCACGUCGCCCUGGCGAAGAAGCUGGACGAGGAGUCCAUCGUCCUCCUGGAGAACCACAACAACGUCCUGCCGCUGAGCAAGGAUGCGUCCGUGGCCGUCAUCGGACCCAUGGCGCACGGAUUCAUGAACUACGGCGACUACGUCGUCGUCAACUCUUCGACCCGCGGGAUCACGCCCCUCGACGGCAUCAAGGCGGCCAGCCGGGGCAAGGUCACGUACGCGAAAGGCUGCGAGCGCUGGUCCAACUCGCAAGACGGGUUUCCCGAGGCCGUCGCGGCCGCCGAGGCCGCCGACGUCGCCGUCGUCGUGGUCGGCACCUGGUCUCGGGACCAGAACGAGCUCUGGCAGGGCCUGAACGCCACCACGGGCGAGCACGUCGACGUGGACAGCCUCGACCUGGUUGGCGCCCAGGAGGCCCUCGUCCGCGCCAUCGUCGAGACGGGCAAGCCGACCGUGGUCGUCUUCUCGUCCGGCAAGCCCGUCACCGCGCCGUGGAUCUCGGAGCACGCCGCCGCCCUCGUCCAGCAGUUCUACCCCUCGGAACAGGGAGGCGCCGCCCUCGCCUCCAUCCUCUUCGGCGACGUGAACCCGAGCGGCAGGCUCAGCGUCAGCUUCCCCCGCAGCGUCGGCGACCUGCCGGUCUACUACGACUACUUGAACUCGGGACGCGGCGCCUCGCCUGAUGCGGGCGUCGCUUACGAGAACGGCACUCUGGUGUUUGGGCAUCAGUACGUCCUGGGUGACCCGAGGCCUCUGUACGAGUUCGGUUACGGGCUGAGUUACUCCAAGUUCGAGUACGGCGACGUCACUGUCGACAAGACGAUCGUGACGGCCCAAGACACCGUCACCGUCACCGUCACCGUCAAGAACGUGUCGAGUCGGGAAGGUCAGGAGGUCGUCCAGGUCUACGUCAAGGACCUGAUCGCCAGCGUCGUCGUUCCCAACAUUCGGCUGAGGGGAUUCCAGAAGCUGAAGCUGAGGCCGGGAGAGAGCAAGCGAGUGAGCAUCAAGGUCAACGUACAGGACCUGGGCGUCUGGGACGCGAGGAUGCGAUACGUUGUUGAGCCCGGCGACUUUCUGUUCCUCGUUGGUGCGUCGAGCAACGAUUUCAGGGGAAAUGUCACUGUUACUGUCAAGUAG